AUGCAGGCGCUGCUGGCGUCAGGGGACCUGUCGGGGGCCGCGGCCUGCGUAGAGGGCGUGCUCGCACUGGGCAAGCGGCCGCCGUGGCGCGAGACGUCGCAGCUGCUGGAAGCGCUCUGCGACGCAGACGCGUUCGCCGCGGCGUGGCGGCUGGCGCGGCGCGCGCAUGAGGCCGGGUUCUGGCUGCCGCGUGGUCUGUAUCACGUGCUCAUCGUGGCCGCGGGCAAGGCUGGUGAGGCGGAGCAGCUGCUGUGGCUGUUCCGCGAGGUGCAGCGCGUGUACGGCCCGGCCUCGCCCCGUGUCCACACCACCGCGAUCACCGCCCUGCUGCGCUGCCGGCGGCGGCGCGGGCUGCCGCUGGCGGCGCUGGCCUACCAGGCGUGGCUGCAGCUGGCCGCCAGCGGGCAGGCCCUGGACUCGGGCGCCUACCUGGCGGGAAUCAGCGCCUGCGCCUGCGCCGGCCGGCCGCAGGAGGCGGAGGCGCUACUGCCGCCGCUCUGCGCAGCCGCAGGUGCCGCCGGCGGCUCUCACGUCGUCGCGGCGCACAAUGUGCUGCUGCGCGCCGCCGCGCGCGCCGGCGACGCGGCCGGCGCGCGGCGGCUGUUUGCGGCCAUGCGCGCGCGGGGCGUGCCGCCCGACGCGGUCACCUACAACACCCUGGCCGCGGCGCUCGCUGCGGCCGGCGAGGGCGCGCCCCGUGCGCGCGCGGUGCUGGAGCACGCGCGCCGCGAGGGCGUCCCGCCCGACGCGUACGGGCUGACGGCCGUGAUGCGGGCGCACGCCACGGCGGGAGAGCUCGCGGCUGCGGGCGGCGUCCUGCAGGAGAUGCUGGCGGCGGGGGUGGCGCCGACUGCAGUGACCUAUGGGGUGCUGGUGGACGCCCACGUGCGCGCGGGUGACCUGGCGGGCGCCUGCGCGCUGGUGGGGCGCCUGGAGGGCGGCGUCGCGGCGUGGCGGCGGCGGCAGGCGCUGUGGCGGCGCGCGGGGGCGGCGGGCGGCGGGGCGGGGCCGCGGCGGGAAGGGGAGGGGCAGCAAGGGGAGGCGCGCGGUGUGGGGGCGGCGACGGCGCCCACCACAGACCUGCCGGCCCCCACACGCAUCAUGUACAAUACAUUGCUGCGCGGCAUUGUGGCUGAGGAGUGGGGUGGCGAGGGCUUGGGCUAUGCCGACACCAGCGUGGUCGCUGGCAGCGCGGACAGGCAGGCAGGCGCUCCGCCAGCGCCCCAGCCCACGGCUGACGCGGCUGACGCACGCGCAGCGGUGCGUCCUGCGCGUUCGCAGGACCAGCAGCAGCAGCAGGAGCAGCAGCAGCAGCAGCAACAGCAGCAGCAGCAGCGACAGAGGGAGCAUGACACGCCCUCACAGCAAGCAGCAGCAGCGGCGCCCAGGCCCCGUGGCCUGGUGAACCGGCCGCAAUGGACACAGCCUCCUGCGAGUUUGGCGGCGGAACAGCAGCAGCAACAGCAGCAACAGGCAGGCGGCUUGGAUGCCAGCAGCGUAAGUGGCUUCACCGGAAUCAGCAGCAUCGGCAGCAGCCCCGACGAUUGGUGGGGCUUGCGCGAGAGCGGCGACGGUGGCGAGCCAGCAGGCACGGCGGCGUCCAAUUUUGCCGGCAAUGCGGGCGUGGACGGCGAUGCCUUUGGGACCGCGGCCAGAGGGGCGCCUGGCGGGGCCCCUGCCGUUGGCCAGCAGCAGCUGCCGGGCGUGUGGAGUGUUGAGGAGGUGCUGCGGCGCAUGGCGGGUCAGGGCUUGGAUGCGGGCACUGACACCUACUCACUGCUGCUGGACGGCAUGCUGCGGCGCGGGGACUUUGCAAGUGCAGCUCUGCUGCUGGAGCAGCUGCAGGGGCCCUCGGGCCCGGGCGCCGAUGGCGCCACGCUCACGAGCCUCAUGGUUGCGCUGGGCGGCGCUGGCGACGUGGAGGGCGCGCUCGACGUGUUUGACGCACUGCUGGCCGGGCUGCCAGAGGCGGACGCCCUGCGGCCAGCCGCUGGGGCCGCCGUCUUGAACAGUAGUGGCGAGAGCAGCGGCAGUGGCAGCCAGCGUGGGGGCGCAAAGCUGGGGCCGGACCCUGGCGGCGCCCGGCGGCGCCUGAGGGGGCCCGGCGGCGAGAGUGCACGUGGCAGCGGUGCCAGCAGCAGCAGCAGCAGCAGUAGAGUGGUUGGCGCGCCCGACCAGGCGUCUGCGUCAUCAGCAGCGGGUCCGCCCUCGCUCUCUCCGCCCCUGGACGGCUCAAAUCAAGGCAGCAGCAAUGGGCUUGGCAGCGGUGCAAAGCCCGCGGGGCGCAUCGGCAGCCUAGUCGGCUCGCCCGAAGCGCUCAGCCGCAUCCUGUCGCGGUGGCGCCCCGGCGCCCCGGGCGCGCGCGUCGGCGGCCCCGACGCCGCCGCGUGGAGCGCCCUGGUGGACAUGCUGGCAGAGGCGGGGCGCCUGCAGGAGGCGGAGGCGGCCCUGGAGGGCGCGGUGGAGGCAGCGGCGUCCGCGCGGCGCGCGCCGCCGGCCGAGGCGUUUGGGGCGCUCAUCAAGGCCCUGCGCCGCAGCCGCCGCGCCCGCGACCGAGAACGCGACCGCUGCUUCGGCGGCGGCGGGGGCGCCGGUGUGCCGGGCGGGACCGCCGCGGCCCAGCGCGUGCUGCGGCGGUUCUUGCAGCUGGGCGGCCGCCCCACGCGCCACAUGUGCGAUGACGUCAUCGAGCUCUGCCUGGCGGACGACGACGUCCGCGCGGCGCGCCAGGUGGUGCGCGUCAUGCGGCUGACUGGGGUGCUGGAGGAUGACGCGUCGGAGGCCGGUUACCAGGCCUGGCUCGAGCGGCGCCAGACGCAGCUUGCCGCGCGGCGGCAGCGGCGCGGCGACGGGCCCGCCGGCAUGGUGGGUGCCGGCGGGGGCGCGGCCGGGGGGGCUGGGGAGGGCGUCAACAGGGGGCUGGAGCGCUGGAAGUGGUUCUUGGGCCUGCCUAACAGCUAUUACCAAAGCUGA